AUGCCAACCUUCAACAACCCACCUCCGGUCCCACAAGACUCGACCCUCUCAUACCCAGCACCGCACAUCCUCCUCGUGACCCUCAACCGCCCAAAAGGCCUAAACUGCAUAGACUCGCAAGGCCACGCGGACCUGCAUGAGGUCUGGGAAUGGCUAGACUCCGAACCCAGUCUCCGCGUCGGAAUCCUGACAGGCACAGGCCGGGCAUUCUGCGCCGGCGCCGACCUAAAAGAAUGGAACAAAAAUACCAACUCCGGGAACACACGGCGGACGCAGCCCGCGAGCGGGUUCGGUGGGCUGUCGCGGCGCAAAGGCCGAAAGCCCGUGCUGGCAGCUGUCAACGGGCUUUGUUUCGGCGGGGGCUCCGAGAUGGUGAUUAACUGCGAUAUGGUAAUUGCGUCAUCGCGGGCGGUCUUUGGGCUGCCGGAGGUGAAGAGAGGGGUUGUUGCGCUUGCGGGGGCGUUAACGAGAAUUGUCCGGACGGUGGGGAAGCAGCGGGCUAUGGAGAUGGCGCUCACGGGCAGGAAUAUCAGCGUUGAGGAGGCGGAGAGAUGGGGGCUUGUGAAUGAGAUUGUCUCUGUGCCUGCUGGGGCGACGGAGGAGGAGAACUCGAAGAAGGUGGUCGAGAGGGCUGUUGCGGUGGCGGGGCUCAUCGCGGCGAAUAGUCCAGAUGCUGUCUUGGUGAGCAGGGAGGGUAUUAAGCUUGGCUGGGAGAGUGUUGGCGCUGAUGAAGCCACCACCAUGCUGAACGAGACUUGGGUGCGAAGGUUGUAUGAGGGCGAAAACAUCAAGGAAGGGCUCAAUGCUUUCGUGGAGAAGAGAAAGCCUGUCUGGAAAGACAGCAAACUGUAG